AACCUUUGCUGAGUAAGUGCCACACAACUGCAUGACGCGCUGGCUUGCAUCGGGGGAAAAUGGGUCGAAUUUUCACAUCUCAUCUAGAGGGAAGGGUGUAUAGCUGCAAGUUUUGUAAGGCGCACCUUGCAAACGUUGAAGAGGUCGUUUCAAAGUCUUUCCAUUGCCGAGACGGCAAAGCAUACUUAUUCAAUGCCGUAGUAAAUAUCAGGUCUGGCGUGCCUGAAGAAAGGUGGAUGACCACCGGCCGUCAUAAAGUUGUCGACAUCUACUGCAACAAAUGCAUGCAAGCAGUUGGUUGGAAAUACAUCGAAGCAUUUGAGCACGGCCAAAAGUACAAGGAGGGAAAAUAUAUAUUAGAAAGGUACGCGGAGAUUGCGAUUGGCAACUUCAAUUGAUAGGUACAAUGACAUCUGUUCGACAGAGGAAAGUUGAUAGAGGUGUAUUCCCAGCCACAAGGCGUGCGAGGGGUCAUUGACAGCCGAUGCCGCCUGUAAAUAUGCAGGUUUCC